GCUAGAAAACUCUUGAGUUUUCCACUACAGAUCUAGUUUUCUUCCUCUACGAAUCCAUUCUGUUUUAAUGGCUUCUGCUUCGAACACAACCGGUGUUAUUCAUUCUUCUGGAAAGAUGCUAGUCUCUCUUAAUGCUGCAUCACAGUUUCCAUUGAAGCUUACGAGAGAAAAUUAUCCUGCUUGGCGCGCUCAGAUCGUGCCGGUGUUGCGUGGGCAUAAUCUAAUGGGUUAUGUUGAUGGAAGCUUUCCCUGUCCGUCUCAAGGUGUUCAAAAGGAAGGGAAAGAGAGACUUCAGCGGAGGCAUGGAAUAAAAUCAAAUCAUCGUGAGCUAAUAGGAAUGCCACGAGAAUACUGUCGCUUCGUGAGAAGCUUGCUAAUAUGAAACGUGAGAAUCGAUCUGUAUCUGACUAUUUACAGACGGUUAAGGCAAUUUCAGAAGAUUUGGCUAUUUCUGGGAGUCCGAUUUCUGAGAUUGAUCUUGUUAUUCAUGUGUUGAAUGGUGUGGGGUCUGAUUUCAGGGAUAUUGCUGCAG